UGCAGGGCGCAUGCCCCGUAACGUCCUGUGAGAGACCGGUGUAGGGGGGGCAGCACUGCAGUCCAACCUUGGCCGUUUCAGCAAAGUUUUGCGUUUCAAAACCCUAUUUAAGGUUAUAGAAAGUGGAGUUUGUUACAGAUAUCAUUUUCAACAACAACGAAUUGCAGUAGAUUGAAAGGACAGCACGAAAACGUGGCCAUCAAACGUUGCCGGUUGCAGCGUAACUCGCACGUGUUGCGCAAUAAUUGUACAGUAACAUCUGACCAUCAACUGAAGAACGAACGGACAGUUCCACGAUGCCCAGGUGUCACUACGAGGUGCUCGGCGUCCAAAGGAACGCCACGGACGACGAUCUGAAGAAGUCCUACCGGAAACUCGCCCUGCGGUGGCACCCCGACAAGAACCCGGACAAUGUGGAGGAGGCCACCGAAACUUUUCGUGAGAUUCAGCAGGCGUAUGAUGUCCUGACCGAUCCUCAAGAGAGAGCCUGGUACGACAAGCACAGGGAGGCUAUCCUGAGGGGAGGGCUGGGGGAAGAUUACAAAGAUGACAGUGAGGACUUGAUGCAGUAUUUCAGCAGUGCGGUGUUCUCUGGCUACGGUGACGAUCACAAGGGUUUCUACGCAGUGUACGGAGAUGUGUUCAAGAAGAUUGCUGAAGAGGAUGCUCGAUUUGUGGAACCAGACGAAGACGAGGAAAAGGCGCCAGACUUUGGAGCGCCUGACUCGGUGUAUGAGGACACUGUAAGGCCCUUCUACGCCUACUGGCAGAGCUACUGCACCAAGAAGUCGUUCGUGUGGUUAGAAAAGUAUGACACGAGGGAGGCGCCGAACCGACGGGUGGCCCGGCUCAUGGAGAAGGAGAACAAGAAGUUCCGAGACAAGGGGAAGAAGGAAUACAACGAGACAGUCCGGCAGCUUGUGGCGUUUGUGAAGAAAAGAGACAAGAGGGUCCAGGCGCACAAGAAGAGAGUGGAGGAGAAGUUAGCCGAGCAGGCCAGGCUGGCGGCUGAGAGGCACGAGCGGUUGAAGAGAGAGCAGGCUAAGGAGGUGGAAGGGUACAAGGAACAGGAGUGGAUGUGUGCAUCAGGGCUACAGGACGAGCUGGCCGACCUGGAGGCUCGCGUGGCACAGGAGUUUGGAGACAGCGACCAGAGCUGGGACGAGGAAGAAGAGGAGGAGGAGGAUGGAGAGGGAGAAGAGGAGGAAGAAGAAGAAGAGGAAGUCUAUGAUGAUCUCUACUGUGUGGCUUGUAAUAAAUCCUUCAAGACAGACAGAGCAUUAGCCAAUCACGAACAGUCCAAGAAGCACAAGGAGAAAGUGGCCAUACUCAAGCAGCAGAUGGAAGAAGAGGAGGAGGAGGUAACCAUGGCAACAGAGGAGGCAGAUGCCUCCACAGAUACUCCUGAUGUCGAUGUUAGAGCAGGAUCAGAAGAGGAGGAGCAGGCAGAAUGGGAAGAGAACACUCCAAAGCCCAAACUUUCAAAAAAGCAGAAGAAAAGGAGGCGGCAACAACAGAGGGAAAACCAGCCUUUGGAAGAAGAUCUACUCGACCAGUUAGAGGUAGAGCUAGAAAAUGUGCAUGUUGCCACAGACAAGGAUAGCGAAGGUGAUGUACCAGAUGAAGAGCCUUUGCUAACAGAGGAACAGACAUCUGAAAACUGCCCAAAGCCAAAGAAACUGACAGGGAAGAAAGCCAAGGAGGCCAGGAAAGCUGCUAGAGGAGCAAAAGGAUCGUCACAAAGGGACACUCCCAAGGACGUGCCCCAACCUGCGACUGUUUGUAAUGUGUGCAUGCACGAGUUCGCCACCCGUAACAAAUUGUUUGAUCAUAUCAAGUCCACAGGACAUGCCUUACACCUGCCUUCCCAGCAACAACCCAGGGGGGAUGGGGGAGGGGAGCAGGGAGGGAGGAAGGGGAAAAGGAAAGGAAAAAGGCAGUAGCUCGUCUAGUGCUUAAAUUGUAAGAUACUUUUACAACCUUUUUACUUCUGGGUUUGUGUGUCUGUCCUCACAGAGAAGGUUGACAGCAUGGGGAAUAGGGAAAGAGUGAUAGGCAAAGUGGCAGGAGGUAAAAAGGUCAAACACAGGAAAAGGGGGUAAACUUGAAGGUCCUGAAAAACAAAUACUUGCUGGAAGUCUUGUUUGAUAUGGCAGUUUCAAUGUUAUAGUUAACUUGUGGAACUGAGUAAUACUACAUGUAGUAAUGUUCUUGAUUUAUGUCAUGUUCCAACAUGCAUAAUGGAUAAACAGUCCUGUAACAUACAAGUUUGGUUGUAUUCAUGAAUAAAAGCAGAUAGGUGGAGUUGUGCUGAAAUUUUGCUUAUCUGUGUUUGUAUGAACUGUUCAGCAUAAAUACUGGUAGUUCUAUUUUGAAAUUUGUUAUUCUAUAUCUGUAUGAUCAUUGGAUUUCAGGAAGAAAGAAUUAAAUGAAUGAAUAAACUACUUUCCUAUGAUUUGUAUGAACAA